CACUCCCCUUGCUUCUAGACAUCCGACCAAUGUUGACUGCACUUCGCCGCACACUCCUCUCUGUCAGUGCGCGCCCGUCACUGAGAACCGCCUCUCCCUCCUCCUCUCGCUUAGCAGCCUUUUUCUCCACUACACCCUUCCGCUUCGACCAAAAUGCUGGCGGAGCCCGUUUGCAUCUACGCAGGGGGACCGAUGCGAGCCCCACUGAGCUCGAGAAGAGCAUCAAAAGAAGCCUUCGGCCCGUUCGGACAGAACUUCGUCAAGAUAGUGGUCAGCCAGAGCCCCGACCGCCCGGCGCGCGCAUUCGUGGAGUUCCAGAACAAGGCAGACGCGGAGGCUGCGCUCAAUUCCCCUGCCCUUCGCGAGACUUUCGCGCCGGUCCGGAGGGAUGCACCGAUGACCCAGCCUAGUCCUCGGCUGCACGUUUCGCGCGAGGCGGGUUCCCUCGGAAUGACUGUCGCCGAGGAGCGAGCGCUCUUCGCACGGUUCGGACCAAACACGGUAUCAGCGCCCGAGGGCGAGUCAUACUACUUCUUCGUGGAGUACGAGACGCAGGCUGCUGCGGACGCGGUGCUGCGUGAGCCAGGGCUGAAAGGUAAGUUUGAUGUGGGGUACGCGAAGACCAGGUUGGAGGGACCCAAUCUGACACUGUUCGUCGUCAUGAAGGAGGGUCCGGCUGUCCCGAUGGCGGGCUUGCGACGACAGGACGUCCGCGAGUCGUUCGCGAAGUUCGGAGGGCCUAGAUUGCGAUUUGUCCGAACUCGGAAGGAUGCGCCAUUAAUAUUCGCUGACUUCCAGAACCAAGUCGAUGCGGACGCUGCGUUGAACUCUCCUGAAAUGAAGGAGAACCCUCGAUCUCUUUCCCGUGUCUUCCCUAUUGUAUCACUCAACAACAUGAGCGUUGAUUGUGGAGUAGCUGCAGCUGGGUGCUUGACGGAACUUUUCAUGGCGAUGAGGCCUUCUCGCCUCAACAAGACCAAGCGCGAUCCGGAAACGGCCCUGGAAGCAAGAGCAAAAGGCGGUGCGUCUCGCCAAGCAGAUAUCCCUGGUCGCACCUCGGCGAAUGGCGAUCAGGGCCACAUGGCACCGUCAACAGUGGAUGACGCCAAGGGCGCGAGCAUAUGAUGACGAUCUCCGGCGAUGAGGGAUGGGCGAUUCCGACCUCUAUUGAAAUGCCGUCUUUGAGCGUUUUCAGUGAAUUGAGAUCACCCGAGUGCCAGAUGAAUUGUGUUGAGGAUUUAUGUCUAUUCUGGCUUUUCAUAUGGUUUUUUUUUCAUCGAAGAACCAGUCUUGGGAGUUCGCAGAGGCCUCAGUAUUUGCCAUCAGUCACGAAGGAGGAACUGAUCUAAUGAAUUCCCUCUCUUACUCUGAAACGGUCAACGCAUAGACGGUGAUUGAAUUCAGAGCUUUCAGGGGUGCUCCAUACUAGUCCAUACUGUGUCGCGUUUGUCAAAGAGCUUUCAGAUGGGCGCGCGGCGGAUCGCUGUACGUCAUAGAUGCGCAUCAUGAUCAUCAAGGCUACGCCCGGGUGAUAAUCAGCGUGAUCGGCUCAGAUCAGAAAAGGCGCGAUGGUUUUUCC